CCGGUUAAGAUGUGCUAAACGGGAGGCUAACGUCGUCUUUGUGUCAAGUGUUCGAGUGUUGCGUUGAGCUGCGUUGCGAUUCGCCCGAAACACGGAUUCCCUCAGCCAUUGGCUAUUGUGUGUUACGAGAUUUGUUGGUAUUGCCAUUUGUUUUGCUGUGUGUGUUUGCGUGUAUGCAUAUGUGUACACACGCACCUAGUAGCCAUGGCAAAGGCGAAAUAUUGUCGUUGUAGUGUUAGUGUGUGUGUGUCUUCGAGUGUGCUUAUGUUUGUGCGCCGUGCAAUAUUUUGGUUCUGAAGGCACUUAGAUGUUGCUGAAGUGUUUGGUGGCAAGUGGCUGCUGUGUGUUGUACAAAAUAUUGUAAUUAUGAUUGUUGCUUCGUAGCAAAGAAAAAAGGAAAAGCAAAGCAGAUGAAAAAAGUAAAUCGAAACAAAUGAGCAAGCAUUACUACCACCGUUGUGUGUGAUUUUGUAUGCUUUCCACAUAUGUGAUGUUGCUUAAGCAUUUAAGUGGAUUUUUAUUGACUUCCCGACACACGCACACACACACGCACCUAACGACUACUUCACUCUAUCUGCCGCACUCAUACGCACUCCCACGUGCGUAAGUACACUCGCGCGAGCGGUGCUUCCGACGUACAGUGACGAGGAAAUUCUAUAAAUUUUCCGGAAAAAGUUUUAAAUUAACGCGCAAAGUUCGGCGUUGCAGCAUUUAAGCGUAAACGUUUGUGAAAACCGGUCGAUUAAGUACACAGUACAAAUGUACGCCGCGAACUAAGUACGCCGCGUAGCAAGGAGACGACGUGGCGCAGCAAAAAUAGCAAUAAAUGUGCGGCGGAAAACGUGAAAGAAAUCGAAAAGCGAAUGAAACGUCGCGAACGUGUGCAAUUAAGUAAUCGAAAUGAGUUUAAAAAUCAUUGCGCUGGAAAAUUAACGUCAGCGCAAACAGACAAAUUGGCUGCCACCUGCCUGGCGGCGCAACUGCUCAACUGCCUGCCGCCAGCAGCCAACCGCGCGCAUACUUAAUGUGUGUUUGUAUGUGCGCGCGCCGGAGUCAAAAGAAUCAAAUAUUUUCCAUUUUACUGUUUUACUAUGCAAUCAUUCGCAAAAUUACCGCUAAAAAAUUAUAUAGCUGCGAGCGCACUUAAGUGAGUAAGCAACAACUGCGCGCAAUUAAGUUACAUACAUACUUAUAUGCCAUAAUAGUGUAUACGCGACGCGCAGACACCCAUCAAUUAUAAAUACAAUAGCUGUAAUAGCUUACGCGCCGCCAAAGCAGUGCGAUUCAAUGCGCUCGCAAUUACUUAUAAAUAACACCGUGCAAUUUUACUUAAUUAAUUAAGCAUUAAGAAGGUAAACACUAGUGCGCGCAGCGAAAAUGCCAAAGCCACUUAAAAAUGCAAUUGCAACAAAAAGAAAAACAACGGUAAAUAUUAAUAGCGUGAGCACGAGCGUAUGUGUGGCAUGAAAUAUGCUUGUUCAAUUAUGCAUUCAAGCAGAGGUGUCGCAUCAAUGUCCAAGGCAACAACAAGCAUAACAACAGCUGCAUUUUUAUGUGUGCAGCAGACGUCGCAGUAGCUGCAGACAGCGUUUUACAAGCCCGCACACAAAUAGUAUGCUUGUGUGCGUGUAUGAAUCCAUCGCUUACAGCUACCCAUAUCAAUUACGAAAACGAACCCAAAUAACAUAUCAAAAUACUAAUAAGUCUGUAAUAAAAACGAAUAAAUGCAAUGCAGGUAAACAUAUCGCAAGAACUCACUGAAAAAAAUAUAUAAAAAUUAUCAAAAAUACACGUUAAUUGCAUAUCCGAACAAAAAAUAAAAAAAAUAAUUAGUACACAAAUAAGUAGUGGAAUAAUUUUUUAGAAAAAAAUGAAAGAAAAUCAGUGAAUGCAAAGCAAAGCUAAAUUCAAGUGUCUGGUGCAAGCAAAAGUUAUCAAUUAUCAUUAAAAUUUCCAAAAUAAUUAAGCCAACGAAAUGCAAAGUGUUUAUUAAAGCUCAAAAAGCUGCAAAGUUGAAAAGUGCGCGCAAAGUUUACGCGUAUUAUACGAAAUUUCAGCGAAAAUCCAUUCAUUAGUGCAAUUUAGUUUAAUUAAAUAAGCAAAUCCGCCUAAAAUUAUACAAGCAUAAAUAGAAGUUAGCAAAAUUCGUAAAGAAAAAAAAAUCCGGAAAAAAGUGUUAGCAAAAUAUUUGGCAAUCCAAUUAAAAAUUUCCCAAUUUGUGUGCUAGCAAAAGUGCCGUUUUUUUCUUUAUUGUACAGAAACGAAAUAAUACAAAUAAGAACGUAACAAAAUGGCGAUGGUUAUAUCGACGCGCGCGAAAUUGCUAAUAACCGCGUUAAUAUUAUUCUUCUGCCUGGGCAUUGUGCUCGUGACGGGCUCAACGAAGGGCUGGUUCAUACCAAAUCGUUAUAACGGCGAGCGGGUUGCUGCUAGGAUACAGGCGACGGACGAUGCCAGUGGAUUUCCAUCACAGACGCCACCUCCUUAUCCGCACGAAAGACCCUAUCGCACACCUAAAGGUGAAAAAGGUGAACGUGGCCCUAAAGGACCACCCGGUGAUAGCAUACGUGGUCCACCGGGACCACCGGGGCCGCCAGGCCCUAAAGGUGAAUCGGCAAAUUUUCCGCCCUUCGUUGAUUUUCCCACCGGUGCCGAUGCGAAAUACACUGGCAAAUGCACGUGCAACGCGUCUGAUAUCCUAGAAGCAAUCAAAGAUAAUGAAAUAUUACGUGAAACAAUACGCGGCCCACCCGGACUGCCGGGCAAGGAGGGAAAGACUGGUGCGCCUGGACUCACGGGUGCUACAGGGAAACCAGGUGAACGCGGUGCCCCCGGUCCGAAAGGUGACCGCGGCGAUAGGGGCGAUCCUGGCUCCCGUGGACCCGAGGGUCUGCAAGGCCAUAAAGGCGAGCCCGGCGUCGACGGCAUGCCCGGCAUGCAAGGGCCACCUGGCCCGCCAGGACCGCCUGGCUUGCCCGAAAACUAUGAUGAAUCCUUAAUGGGCAAUUCAAUGCGUCCGAUGCGCAGCUCUUCGCCGGGACCCAAGGGACCACCAGGUGAUAAAGGUGAUGCUGGUGCGGCGGGGGAACGUGGUCAGCAGGGUCAGAAAGGUGAACGUGGCGAUCCGGGAAUGACUGGCGAGAAAGGUGAUAGGGGUCACCCGGGCGUACAUGGCGGUAGUGGCCAAAAAGGCGAACCAGGCCAACCCGGUGUGCCGGGCAUGGCUGGAGCACCCGGUGCACCUGGUCUCAAAGGUGAUCGUGGUCUGCCCGGUGAAUUGGGUCCCAUCGGACCACCCGGUCCACCAGGUGAAGUUAUUUAUGCAGACAAUUCGUUGAAUGGCACAUCGAGCAGCGCGGCGGGCGGACAAUGUCAGUGUCCGGCGGGUCCACCUGGACCGCCGGGUGCACGCGGCCCGCAGGGCUAUGAGGGGCCACCCGGUUUGAACGGCGAGCCUGGUCCAGCUGGGUCGAACGGUUUGACCGGCCUGCCUGGCUCCAAAGGUGAGAAGGGCGAAAAAGGUGUGCGGGGCCUGAGCGGCCCGAAAGGCGAUCGCGGACCCGAAGGACCGCCAGGGCAGGCCUUUUUCGCUGGCGGUUACGAAGGCAUGGCUAUGAACGGCACCAAGGGGGAGAAGGGAGAGAAGGGUAUGCGCGGACGACGCGGCAAACCGGGCCAAGCUGGACCGAUCGGACCGCCGGGCAAACCUGGUCCGAUGGGCGAUAUUGGACACUCGGGUCGACCUGGACUACCCGGCCCCAAAGGUGAUUCAGGUACCAAAGGACAGAAGGGUGAAACAGGCGGACGAGAAGGACCCAAAGGCGAUAAAGGUGAUCGCGGUCAGGAUGGACGUGACGGCCUGCCUGGACCACCCGGCUUGCCAGCAGCGGCCGGCGAGGGUGUGCAAUACAUACCGAUGCCUGGCCCACCAGGACCACCAGGCGCGCCCGGUCAACCCGGCAUGCCCGGUUUAUCAAUAACCGGUGCGAAAGGUGAGCCCGGCAUGGAUUCGCGCAGUUUCUACGGUGAUGCGUCUUACUAUGGACGACCGGCCAGUGGACGCUCCUCUCUCGAUGAAAUCAAAGCUAUGCGUGAACUACAAGACUUGAGAGAUCGUCCAGACAGCACAUCUGGCCCACCCGGUCCGCCCGGCCCACCAGGUCCACCCAGCCAUUCGCGUCAUGACGAUGAAGAGACACCAUACUUUUCAGCAUCUUCCUGGAAUAUGCGCAUCGUACCCGGUGCGGUGACGUUUUCGAAUAUUGAUGAAAUGACAAAGAAAUCAGCCAUGAAUCCGCCAGGCACACUGGCCUACAUCACGGAGGAGGAAGCGCUGCUGGUGCGCGUCAACAAGGGUUGGCAAUAUAUUGCGCUUGGCACUUUGGUGCCCAUUGCCACACCCGCCCCACCGACUACAGUAGCACCGCCAGUGCGCGUCGAUAUACAAUCAUCGAAUCUGCUCAAUAAUCUGCCGCCGCUAUUAAAUACGCCAACGUUUACAACGGCGCCAGAGUAUGAAACGUGGUAUCCACGCAUGCUUCGCGUAGCGGCACUCAACGAGCCUUACGUCGGCGAUCUGCAGGGCAUACGCGGCGCUGACUUUGCCUGCUAUCGUCAGGGGCGCCGCGCCGGCUUAUUGGGCACCUUCAAAGCCUUCCUGUCAUCCAGAGUGCAAAAUCUUGACUCGAUUGUACGUGUCGCGGACCGCGAUCUACCGGUAGUGAAUACCAGAGGGGACGUCCUCUUCAACUCGUGGAAGGGCAUCUUCAACGGCCAAGGUGGCUUCUUCUCGCAAGCGCCGCGCAUAUACAGUUUUAGCGGCAAAAAUGUUCUAACGGAGCCGUUGUGGCCACAAAAGCACGUUUGGCACGGUUCACUACCCAACGGUGAGCGUUCGAUUGACACAUAUUGCGACGCUUGGCACUCGAGUUCCAUAGAUAAAUUCGGUUAUGCAAGUAAUUUGCUGGGGAACAAACUGCUCGACCAGGAGCGACAAACUUGCGAUAGCAAAUUAAUUGUGCUCUGUGUGGAGGCGUUGUCGCAGGACAGAAGGCGAAAACGCGAUCUCAGCGACAGCGAACCCGAGUUCCAUACGGCGGAGGCAUACGCGCGUCACCUGCAAGAGGUGCUAACUUGAAAAAUUGACUCACGCACACAUGCGCCGAGGCAGCGCGCCCGAAAGGCGCAUUGGCUGCGACGCCAACAUUUACACCAUCAUCACCAACGCAACCAGUGAAAUUGUGAAAGCAAAUCGCGCAACUAAAUUUGAAUUUUUAAAAUUGUAAACAUCAAAAGCCAAAUCUCCAACUACUUACAAACGAGUGAAUGAUUUAUUUUUAUUACAACAACACUACGAAAAAGCAUUUCAACUAAUUAUUAAGUAAAUUACGAAUUUUCCUUCUGUUAACGACUAACGACAAAUUGUGGAAGUUUUUAUUGUAUUUACAGUUGAUUGGUACUACUAGCAACUAAUUGCACACAUACAUACAAGCAUAUAUAAAUAAAAGCACAUCAAUGUGUGUGAGAUUACUUCAUUGCAUGUACUAUAGACACAUACAA